AUGAUCAAACUUGGAUAAAAAGUUUUGUAAAUGGCUUGAAGUUAUAGAACUUAUAGUAUAUAUAUAUAUGACAUUCAGAAAUAUAGUGUUACACGCAAUCUGGAAGAAAACGGAAAAUUAAGGUACAGAAAUAUAGUGUAGUAAUUGGUGGAGGAAAACGAAAAAGAUCCAGUGUUGCGAACGUAAAAGGUGUGCAUGUCUAACAUAUGCAAAUAGGCAGAGAAGUAUAAGAGAAAAUGUCUUUGAGGAAAUACAAGUGGUUAAUGAAACAACAGCGAUACAGUAUUCUCCUGGUUGUAACAACUACGUUCAUAAUGUACACAUUCUUAUGGAAAUUUACAGUAAACAGUGGAGUCCAUGACAAUUCAAUAUAUGGACAGCUAAAGGUUAGCGGAAACAGUACACAUCGUCACGUUAUUCCUUUGACAACGCAAACCGUCACCAAGAAACACAAGGAAAAAGGUAUGUGUGACCAAUGGUUUGAAGACUCGUUCGAGAAAAAUUUGGAACACAUCGCUCGUUAUCCACGUGGACUGGCUGACAAAUACAUGUAUACCAUUGCCGAAAAUCGGUCAGCACCAAAGACUGUGUUUAAAACAUUUCCGGUCGUUGUGACUGCGGCAGAUAGUGGGUUUUAUGGUAUCUCGCAAGGUUUGAUUAAAUCUGUCUAUGAGAAAUUGUUGCCAAAAUACAAAAAUAUCAAGAUAGUCUACUAUGAUAUGGGACUCAAUCCUAACCAAAGAAAGCAGUUAGAGACACACUGCAAGAUUUGUGAAGUGAGGAGUUUUCCAUUUGAAAAAUUCCCCGCACAUUUUAAAAGACUAACAACUUAUGCUUGGAAACCUAUAAUAAUAAUGACAUUAUUGAUGGAAUAUGGCUGGGUAUGGUGGGCUGAUAGUUCCGUACGUUACGUCACAAGUGACGUCGAUCGCGCGUUGACUUAUAGUAAAGAUAAUUCAAUCUUAUUCUUUACUUACGGUGUAGUGUUUUCAGUGGCUCAACACACCGAUAUUCAGACAAUGGAGUAUCUGAAAGAAGAUCGAUGUAAAUUCCGCCAUUUUGGGGAAGUUGAGGCAACAUUUGUGUUGUUUCAUUUUGAUGACGUCACACAUACUAUAGUAGACACGUGGGCUGCGUGCGCAGUUAAUAAAAACUGUAUAGCUCCUCAAGGCACAAAUCGGAAGUUAUCUUGUCGAAUAAGCAACAAAUCUGAUGGCAGGUGUCACAGAUUUGAUCAGGCAGUUUUAAGCAUUUUACUACGUAGACUGUAUCAUGCGAAAAAUGAUUACCCUCUAGUUUCAACACCAUUUCAUAUCCACGAAAUAAAACGCGGCAAUGCUAUAUCAUAUUUCCCGGAAUGAAUAUGUCUGAAUAUACUCGCUUAUGAUAAAAUGUAGAGUGCUGGUGUUUGUAAACAAAUACAGGAAGAGCCUCCAAAUUUUAAUAUCGCUAUUGCAUGCUAUCAGUAUUAUAUUAAAAUUUGAAUAAAUGAUGAGUGAUAAAAGAAUACUAUGUAUUUGUCACAGGGUGAUAUUUUUUUCAAAUCAAAUUCUUACAUUUGCUAUGAAUAAUUAUUAUAAAGAGGGUGUGUAUGCGUAAGAAAGCAAGCACAAGUCGUAAUGAUAUGUAUAGUUUAGUUUAAAUAUUGUAUAUUUGGUUACCAUUUGUAUAAAAUUGUGAAAUAAUGAUUGCGGAGAGAGUUUUCAAAAAAGCUUUUCUAGCUUCCUACAUGUCCUACUCAAUCCGUGAAAUGUAUCUUUAUGUACUUUAUUAUGUUAAUGAAAAAAAGAAAUAAAGAUAUUGUUUAAACUAACAUUAAACAAGUAGAACAUGCGUUAAAGAGUUUCGAAAAGAGUUUUAAAAUCAGCACUUAAUUAAAAUUGUAACGCUACACGUAAGGAUCUGACGACCACAAUUAUGUUGUAUUGAACCUUCUCGUGACCUUUCAGGCUUUCAAACAGCCAAUCAUCGGCGAGCUUUCACACUUUGAAUGUACGUCUGUAGCCUGACAAAACAGUCGAACAUGGGAUAACUUGAUUAGAGUGAUAUUUGUAUUACACAUACUAUCACGUUAAGAUUUUAACAUGAAAUUUCAAAAUUUAUG